AUGAAGAGACAGACCCCCUCCUGUAGAAGAGUCCCCCUGCCUGGACCAGACACCCCCGGCAGCCCAGUUGAAGCAAAGAAGAUUCCUCCCCCAGUCUCCCCCAAACCGGCUCCUCCCCCCACAGCCCCUAAACCAAACAAACACCUCCACUCUAUAACCACACCCCCCUCCCCCACCCCCUGCCCCUCAGCAGGGGGGAGGAUGGACAGCUCUCCCCCCUCCUCCUACCCCACCCCCCAAGCCCAGAGUCCCCUCACCCCCCAGAGUCCCCACACCCCCACCCCUCCGCCUAUCAAACCCCCCCGCUCCUCCAUCGGGGGCGUGUCCGUGGACAUGGGGCCAGUGGCGGCGGUCAGCGUGGUGAUGUCAGAGGCGGAGUCUGUGCACCAGAAGCUGGAGGAAACGAGCGCAUCAUUGGCUGCUGCCCUAAAGGCUGUAGAGGAGAAGAUCCGAGAGGAGCAGGAUUGGGUCACAGAAGAGAAGACUACGGUCAGCAUCCUUGACGACAUCGGCAGCAUGUUUGAUGACCUGGCCGACCAGCUGGACGCCAUGUUGGAGUAGCCGUGACAACCGGACAACAGCUGGCCGUCACCGUGGCAACGCAGCCUGCCUCAGGACCUCUUCCUCCUCCCUCCGCAGCCACAAUGCUCCUCCUCCUCCUCCUCUUCCUCCUCCUCUUCCUCCUCUAUCUGCUGUCUCUACUAAGGACAUGGGGGACCUCUCCAUCCAUCCAUCCAUCCUCCUCUUCUUCACCGCCCGCCUGCUGAUGAAGCAGUACCUCAGGCCUGGACAGACACAUGGCCCACUGGACGGAUGGAGAGAGGAAACCCGAGUGAAGGAGUGUUACAGAGGAGGAGGAGAACUGUGGUCCACAUGGGCCCGUAACGCUAAGCUGUCCUGGCACAGCUGCCAAACAAUCAGUAACAAGCCCGUGUGAUGAAUUGUAGUUUUUAUGGUAAUGUCAUGUGUACAUCGUUAGCAUGAAGAGCGUUUAUAUCUACAGAAAACAGGCUCCUCUCUGAGAGAGAGUCAUGCAUUAGUUCAGUCAUAUUAUGAAAAAAAAAAAUAUAUAUAUAUAUAUAUAUAAAUGUAUAGAUAUAUUAUUUGAUGUGUUGAGUCCUCUCUGUUGAAUGGUGAUGCUGUUGUGAUGUUUAUGAAUCGCUGGAAUUUAAUGUGACCAAAAUGUAACUCUGCUCCUGAAGUGAGUGUUCUGGAAUAGUGAGUGUUCUGGAAUAGUGAGUGUUCUGGAAUAGUGAGUGUUCUGGAAUAGUGAGUGUUCUGGAAUAGUGAGUGUUCUGGAAUAAUGAGUGUUCUGGAAUAAUGAGUGUUCUGGACGGAGAAGGAGAUUGCGGCUGGUUGGCUGUAAAGGGCUUCGGAAUGGCAGAAUGGCAGACUUCCUAUACAAGCCCCGCCUCCAGAGCCAGAUUCCAACGUUAUUUCUCGCUCUGCUUCCAUAACUCCCCCCCCCCCUCCCUGUGACACACCACAGCACAGUGUGACUCUGGGUCAGGGGUCAAGUCUUGUAUUACCACAGCACAGUGUGACUCUGGGUCAGGGGUCAGGGGUCAAGUCUUGUAGAGGUUCAGCACUAUGUUGCCUCCACUGCACAAUAGAGAGAGUUAGAGGUUAGGGUUCGCUCGGAGCGGCUGCGUCCUGAUGGAACUGAGCUGCUCUGUUCAAACCUGCAAAGCUGAAGUGUUACAGAUUGAAGCGUGACAGAGAAACGUAAAGAUCGUUUUUUUUUCCCCCGAUUGAGCCCGACGACGCAUGCAGCGUUUAAAGCGUGAACGCAGUCUCUCCCCGCUGACGCUGAACUUCCACGAUAAGGAUUUGAACAGAGCCCUCACUUUAGGCUGAGGGGAGGCAGUGUGAUGGUGAUGGUGCCACCUCUCUCACUCUCUCUUCCCUCACUAAUCUCUCCCUUUAUUUUUCCCCCCAUGUAUUCUCUCACUCUCCCUCCCUCCCUCCCUCCCUCCACCUUUAUUGCCAGCCCUCACGUUGCCAUGACAAUCUCCGACAUCGUCGGGCUAAUAAUCACCAUGGUUACCGUACAAUGCGUUACCAUGCCGAUGGGUUCCAGAGAAGAUUAUGACAGGACUGUGAGUGUGGGUGAACGUGGAUUUAAUAUAACCAAUUACAGCAACGUUAUGGUGACGUUCCCAACUUCAUCCAUCCAUCCAUCCAUCCAUCCAUCCCAUCCAUCCAUCCAUCCAUCCAUCCAUCCAUCCAUCCAUC